UCCGCCUCCAGCCGCUCACAGACUCUAGUUCUCCAGCAGGAUGCGGGACCAGAACCCGGACCGACUCCUGCACUCCGGUUCUGUCCGAGCUGCUCUCACAUGACCGAAGCCUCCGGAACCCGUUAGCCUCAGUCCGUGCGUGUCUCUCCGACCUAAAAUGCUGCCGUGGAAGAAGAACAAGUUCGAGCUGAUCGAGGAGGACCAGCGGGCCAAGCAGAAGGGCUACGCCGUGAGCCUCCACUACUCCGCGCUCACCUCCUUCGCCAAGUCGUGCCCGGAGAGCGCCCUGAACCGGGUGGGCAGCAUGUUCAAGUCCAAGCGGAAAAAGGUGAAGAUCACCAGCGAGGACCCCACCUACACGGUGCUGUACCUGGGCAACGCCACCACCAUCCAGUCCAAGGGGGACGGCUGCACGGACGUGGCGGUGAGCAAGAUCUGGGGCAAGAGCGAGAUGGGCAAGAACGGAACCAAGAUGCGGCUGACGGUCAGCUCGCAGGGCAUCCGCAUGGUGCACCUGGACGACAAGGCCCGGCGGCCCGGACACCUGUACCUGCUGCACCGGGUCACCUACUGCGUGGCCGACCCGCGGCUGCCCCGGAUCUUCGCGUGGAUUUACCGACACGAGAUGAAGCACAAAGCCGUGAUGCUGCGCUGCCACGCGGUGCUCGUGUCCAAGCCGGAGAAGGCGAAGGCCAUGGCGCUGCUGCUCUACCAGACCUCCGCCACGGCGCUGGCCGAGUUCAAGCGGCUGAAGCGGCGGGACGACGCCCGGCACCAGCAGCAGCAGCUGGUCGGGGACCGGAGCGUCCCGCUGGUGCCGCUCCGGAAGCUGCUGAACGGGCAGUGCUGCUACAAGCCGCCGGUGGAGCGGAGCCGCAGCGCCCCGAAGCUGGGCUCCAUCACCGAGGACUCCGUGGGGGAGGAGGAGGAGGAGAAGGCCAUGCACUUCGAGUGCGAGGACGUCCUGGACACGGAGCAGGACGGUACCGGCACCGGGAAACCGGAGCUGACCCAGAUCAUCAGCGACCUGGGCGAGCUGAGCAUCGGCAACGACGUGCAGACCCUGAAGGCGGACCUCCGGGUCACCAGGCUGCUGUCCGGGGAGAGCACCGGGUCCGAGUCCUCCAUAGAGAGCCAGAACCAGGAGCCUCCGCAGCCCGGUACCGGUACCGGACCGGAGGAGCUGAAGUUGCAGGAAACCGCCUGAGAGACUCUGGAAAGGAUUCUCUGUUGGACAGAGUUUAACUCCUCGGUGCCUCCAGAACCCUCAGCUGGACGGAACAGACCCGGUUCAGGUCUGACAGGACCAGCAGGACCCAGUUCAGGUCUGACAGGACCCAGUUCAGGUCUGACAGGACCCAGUUCAGGUCUGACAGGACCAGCAGGACCCGGUUCAGUUCUGACAGGACCUGCAGGACCCGGUUCAGGUCUAAUACCCGGUUCAGGUCUGAUAGGACCUGCAGGACCCAGUUCAGGUCUGUCUGGACCUGCAGGACCCGGUUCAGGUCUGACAGGACCCAGUUCAGGUCUGACAGGACCUGCAGGACCCGGUUCAGGUCUAACAGGACCCAGUUCAGGUCUGACAGGACCAGCAGGACCCGGUUCAGGUCUAACAAGACCCGGUUCAGGUCUAAAAGGACCCGGUUCUCCUCCGGUUCCGUCUCUUUCAGAGGAUUUCUGUUUACUGACAUUUGUUUUUCACUUGAAUCCAAACCAAACGUUCCCUUUGUGUUCUGCAGAGGUUCGGUUCCGCUGUCAGGACCCGGUUCCGGUUCCGGUGUUUCUACAUGUACAGAAUGUGUCCUAUGUUGUCUGGAACAUACAUGUUUUAUCUUUGCUGUGCAAAAGAAGAACUAUUUCUGUCUGAAGUCUGAGUCUAAAGCUGUAAUUUUUUAAAGAUUCUAAAAUGUGGUUUUAUUCUGUGAACCUCAUGAAUAAAAAGUUCAAAGAUGAA